GCUGCUGUGCUUGCGAAACCUGCUGUUGGUGGUCAGGAUUCUGCUGGUGGGAAAGCAAUGUUGGAAGAAGCUAAGGGAGAUAAACAAUGUGAUGCAUCACUUGGUGAAGAAGCAAAGAAGAAACUCUGUCAAACACCAGCCGCGGCGGCGUCAUCUUCAGUAGUUCAAAAAGCACAGGAAGAACAAACUGGCAGCCUUAACGAUCUGCAAACCAACCCACAACAACUAGGAGGUGUUCAUGGUAGUUCUGUUGUUUCCACGGCAGGACAGGGCACACUACAACCUGGACAAAGUGAGGGAAGCGAACAAAACCCUCUCAGUGGAUCACAAACAGGUACAUCUGGUAGACCACAAGUCCCCAGUAACAGCGAUCAAGAAACACCAGCUGCAAAUGCACAGAGCAAUAACACACAAUCUGAACAAGCUCAAAACACAGAACCUUCUUCUCAUUCUGUAACCCCGCCCAGCAGUUCAUAA